UUAGCUUUCGCACUUCGCUCACGUACGGUUUAUUGCUCUAAUUAGUUCCGCUGCCGUUGUUGGCCCUUUUAUCCCUAGCCGCCCACCGAACGGCCCGCGAUGUACGGUGCUAAUCACAAGAAACUAACUCUUUUGAUAUUUCAAAACGAAUCGCUCCGGUUGGUACCUAGUGUACUUUUAACCUGCGCUGACUACGCUCUGAUUGUUGGCAAACUAUCCGGGAGGGACGCAAAACAAGCGACCACACAAGCUAAUCACAUUUCGUUUGCGAAGCGUUUAGUUACUGAAUCCUGAGAGGAUCGUCGAGUUUGUGUGGCCUUGUGACGACGAAACUAGACUGCAACUUUGUUCUCGUUCUGCCGGGAUAGGAACGCUAGGCAAAGUGACUCCCCCCAUUGGAUGGCCCUUGAGCGUCCACUGAGGAGUUCGGACGAGAGACUGUUGGGGGGUACAUGGUAGCAUGGUUGUGACACUGCAUACUGGUUCUAUUCGGUGAAAGUUGUGUAAUUUUGUCGGCUUUGAAGAGGGCCGUUGAAGGAAGUCAACUUGAUAGUACGAGGAGAGAAAAAAAGCAAGAUCAAAAGGAUUCAGCGUUACCGUGCCAACGACAGAAGUGCGGUGUUCAGAGCUAAAGUGGACGAAUGAAGUAUCUACUGCAGUGCUAAACUCAAAUGGCGGUCAAGUUGUUGAAAAUUGUGUUUUCCAGGUGAAAUACAGAUGCUGUGUGAUGUUCGUUUUCGUAAGGACGUAAGAGGAGUACGAUGAGUGAAUAGGAAAGUUUAAAUGUCAAUAAAAGCCGUGAAAAUUUAUUCCUAAAUAUUACGAGUCUGUUGUUACGGAUUUGAACUAGGAAUCAAUCCGAAGGAUUAUGAGAAUAAUUCAGAUACCCCAGAAACGGUGUUGCGGUACAUGGUAUAAUGACUAUUUGAACUUUAAAACACUGUGAGAAUGGUCUGUUAAUUCCCAGCACUACGAACUAAGCCAUUACUUCUAGCAUCUAAUCGUCACAAUUCGAGCGCUGUUCAAGUUUAUCAUUAGAAAACAGCUCAACAGCUAAACCCUCAGAUAAGUGCAGCAGUGAACCGCCCCAGCUCGCCUUGCCAGUGUAGUGCACAGCAAUUUAUGCUUCGGUACAAGCACGCCCAGCCGACAGGAGAAUAAACACUUCGGAAGCAUCCUGGCUGCAUGUGCUUCACAGUUCUUAGAAAACGUGCAUCAUCGCCACCGCAAACAGCCCCUGUGAAGUGGAAAGUGCAUCCUGUCUGAGAGUGUUAUAACACGUGGACUUGAAAGUUCGGAAAUAACAGCGUUCGUGUUAGGUGGGUAUCUAGCGGCAGGAAGCAGACCACCGAGGUGCCAAGUGCGUACCGGAACACCCGGGGUGGAAAGGAAGAAUGCCGGGAGUGGUAUUUCUCGUUUGUGUGCCGACGGCAAAUUAUGAACGGGUUCUAAUUAAUGGAUUGGAAUUCGAAAACAGUCAAUCGUUACCGCCCCCGAUCCCACCCCACCACCAGCAGCAGCAGCAGAAUCAGCUCGGCAAUCUGAACAUAAACGUACCGGAAAAUGCAGUGCAAUCGAGCGAGCAGAGCGAAACUGCUAAUGCAAUUCUGCGACUGGAGGUUGAGCUACGGGAUAAGCACGCGCUGCAGCAGAAUAAUCGACGGCCGGGCAAACCACGACCAUCGCCAGGGAGAGGGCCUCCGCCGCCACCACCACCGGUUAUCAGUAGCCCAUUCGCAGGCCAUGGCGGCGGCGGUAACAAACGGCGGAACGAUAAUUGCUUUGUUCCGAUGGAAAAGGUACUUGACGAGCUGCUGAAAAAGCUCGAGAUUGAGCACGUACUGUGGCAACUGGAUCGGUCCGGUCACAACUUCCAGGUGCUGUUCCCGCUGGCCGCCGGUGAUCCGUGCGAAACGACCCUGCACUGUUUGACCGAGCUGGGUAUCGGCUUACGGGCGAACUCAAGUGUGAGUGUACUACCAUGCAGCGUUUGCUACGACGGAUCUUCGCUGGAUGCCGGUGCGAAUGAAGAUGAAUAUGGGGACGAAAUUGGCGAGGAAAACUCCAAGUGGAACAAAUUUGUCGAUUCGAUCCGCUCGAAGCUGACGGUAAAACAGGUGGUCGACGGAGUCCGGGCCGGCGGUUCGCUAUCGUUCGACUAUCUUCUGCUUAUCGUUACGGCCGAUUCACUGGCCGCCCUCGGACUGGUGGAGAACAACGCUCCGAACAUCACUGCUGCCAUGCUGGUGUCACCGCUGAUGGGUCCGGUUAUGUCAAUUACCUUUGGAGCGAUUAUCGCCGACCGGGAGCUGGUGAAGGUCGGCUUCAUCGCGUUGGGCCUCGGAAUGUUCAUCUCCGUCUUGUUUGGAUUUAUUUUCGGUUUGAUCCUGGGCACAACCGACAUGCCGUGGGGCUUCGGCGACUUUCCGACCGAGGAAAUGAAGGGGCGUGGAAAUGCUCGCUCACUGUGGAUGGGAAUUCUGUGGGCGCUUACAUCUGGCAGUGGCGUUGCGGUUGCAUUACUACAAGGGUCGGCUGGACCGCUGAUCGGUGUGGCCAUUUCGGCCUCCUUGUUGCCACCGGUCGUUAAUUGUGGUCUAUUUUGGGCACUGGCCUGCAUCUGGCUCAUCUACGAAGACAUCAAAAUACCGCAUCUGAAGGGCGAAGCUUUCACCGGAAAUUCAAGCUACGAGUUUCUCUAUACCAAUUACAUCCCGACGGAAUUCCUAAUUAGCGGUAUCGUAUCCGGCCUGCUGACGGUGAUCAACGUAAUUUGCAUCUUCAUCACCGCCAUCAUGGUGCUGAAGAUAAAGGAAGUGGCCGCCCCCUACACCUCUAGCCCGGAUUUGCGAAGGUUCUGGGAAACGGAUAUUCGAACCGCUCGGACGGCUAACCGGACAACCAUUAGGAGAAAGCGAACUGACGAGGCGGAUAUAAUGUCGACGUACGCCGAACUGGAGAACGACCCGAAGGCUCACGGACUGGAGACAGCACUGGAGCAGGCUCUGAAAGAGGCCGUCGACGAUGAUACCUAUCGAAAGGUGAAACGGAUGAGCUACUCGAGCAACGCUGCAAGUGAGAUCGCCGAACGAUUGUUUGGAAUCGGUGGCGUUGGCUCAUCCUCUACCCCUAGUGGCAUUCCACCGAACCGGGCCAGUAUUCGUAAUUCGAAAAAUACGGCCGAUUUGAAGCUGCUGGAGAAGCUGGUUACGUCCCUGCUGGAGGCACAGGACUCCGCCAAUCGGCAGCGUUCCACGGAGACUAUCGGAGGUGGGUCGUCUUCCUCGGUGCGGCAGCGUUUACGACCCCUAUCUCGCUCGUUCCGGUUGCCAAGUUCGAUACGACGCAAGGAAAGCGGAGGAUCAUCGCAGCCUGGUAACGGUGGUGCUGGACCGAUGCCAACCAUUCGCGAAUCGGCUGGCAGUGGUCAUCGGACAAAUUCCUGGGGUGACCAGAAUAGCAACGUUCGGCGGGUGUUGAGUUCGAUUGCCAAUGCACCGCAAAGGUUUAGUCAGUCUUUGGGUGGCGACGAGGAAAGAAGUAAUUUGACGCAGAAUAUUUUAUGAAUUGUUAGUGGUUCGUUGUUGCCUACCGGUCACGUUUGCGAACUACAUAAUUAUAUAUUAAAAUGAUUCCACAAUGAUUUAUAACGAUUUCAUUUUAGCUCACCCUUAUAUGUCUUUGUAUAGUAAAAUAUCAGUUACAACCACUUGGAAACAAGUUCAAAAAGUUUAACCAAUAAAUGACGAACAAAUUAACAAAAA